AUGGCUGGUCAUUCAGGUGCUACAUGGUGCGCUUGCAAGGAAGGGUUGGGUGAUGCAGCCUUGCAGAAGACACUGGACUAUGCUUGUGGAGCUGGGGCUGACUGCAACCCGCUCCAUCAAAAUGGGCCAUGUUACAACCCCAACACUGUGAAAGCUCAUUGCAACUAUGCUGUCAACAGUUACUUCCAAAAGAAAGGCCAAGCUCAAGGCUCUUGUGACUUUUCUGGCACUGCCUCUGUUGUUACAUCUGACCCUAGUACUGCUGGUUGUGUUUUCCCUGCUAGUGCCAGCUCCACUACUCCAGUCACCAACACACCGACAACUGCCACGCCAACCACUGGCACACCAUCCACCGCCACACCAUCCACCGCCACACCAUCCACCACCACACCCAAUGGCGGUUCUCCAUUAGUGACAACUCCAUCCAACGGUGUCUUAGGCGGCGUUGGCCCAGGUUUAGGCCCGUCAGGAGCAGGCAAUGGCAUCAACACAGACAUGAGUCAUGGUGGAUUCAGGAUUCAAAAGGUUGGACUGUUCACUUUGGUAAUGUCAAUGGUGAUUUCAGGAGGACCUGUGUUUUUGUGGGGUUGA